AUGUCAGGGAAAAUACAGAAAGUCAAUGUUUCGCAACUGAGGCCCUACUUUCGGCCACAAGACCAUAGCCAUGCAUCUGAGGGCAGCCAAAACGAUACAGAAGACAUUAGACUGGUGGACCACCAGUAUGCCAAUAAUGGUCCACUGUGGUCCAAGAGGUUGGGUCCUCAGCAAGAACAACUGACAUACAAUUUUAUUCAGGGAAUGGAUGUCCACAUUGCUGACCUAUAUGACAUCCCUACAUGGAAACUAAGGGAACCUAGUUUGCCACCAUUUCCAGUUCAGUCAGAUGGACAGAGCUGUGGGAUCUUCAUGCUUAUGUACGCCCUCUGCAUCUGUACUGGUGCCCAGUUUCACUUUUUGGAUGCUGACAUAACAUCUAUUCAGAAGUGGUGGUGUCUCCAGAUUCUGGAGAAAUUCUCAAUCGCAAGGCAUGGGCAGCACUUCGGACAGCGCUUUGCCUUCUGGACAGAGGAGGCAGAACAGCUGAUGGCAGGCACCCUACCACCUAUUUAUAGGAUUCCUCGACCCCAAAUAGUCAAGCUGCUAGAAUUAACAGGGAACUCAAUGCUGAUCUUGAAGAAACUGCCAAGGAGGCUGAACAAGUCCUUUAAUGAUUCAACUCUUCACACUGAAAGGGAAGACCAAAGGAAGGCCUGUCCUGGGAUUUGAUUUUGGCCGUAUUGUGCGUUUACGGAGAAGACCCAAAGCUGCAAAGGCAAAUGGUACAUCUGUGUUGGUCUGAGCACCUUGACUGAACUGUUGCAGA